CUGACAGCCAUGGCACCGCGCAGAUGUUUGAGCAAAGUUUCUCUGCAAGACAAGACAGCUGUAGUGACGGGGGCCAACACGGGGAUAGGCUUCGAGGUGGCGAAGGACCUGGCACGGAGGGGUGCACGAGUCAUCCUUGCGUGCCGGAACGAGGCCAGAGCUGAAGCCGCAAGGGCGGAGAUCGUGAAGGAUACUGGGAACGAGAACGUGAUGACGUCGAAGCUGGACCUGGCAUCUCUGUCCUCGGUUCGUGAGUUCGCUCAGAGGCUGAAGGAAGAGGAAAGUCGUCUGGACAUUCUGGUCAACAACGCAGGUAUGUUUACGGAGAAGUCGACAACAGAAGACGGCUUCGACAUGAUGCUACAGGUGAAUCACCUGGGCCACUUCCUUCUCACCAACCUUCUCCUGGACCUCCUGAAGAAGUCGGCUCCAAGUCGUGUUGUGAAUGUUUCUUCAGAGGCGUGCAACCACGGGAGAAUUAACUUUGAAGACAUCAACGCGGAGAAGAGCUAUGACGCGUUUCCGGCCUACGCGCAGAGUAAGCUGGCUAAUGUUCUCUUCACGCGAGAACUGUCGAGACGACUGGAAGGUACAGGUGUGACGACCUACGCGGUGCAUCCAGGUUUUGUCAAGACCGACAUCUGGCGUUACAUACCCGGGAUGUACGGCUGGAAAUUCACCCUCAUGAAAUCCAUUAUAAAUAUCUGUGGUACAGGUGUGACGACCUACGCCGUGCAUCCCGGUUUCGUCAAGACAGACAUAUGGCGCUACAUACCCGGGAUGUAUGGCUGGAAGUUCACCCUCAUGAAACCCAAUAUAAAUAUCUGUGGCACAGGUGUGACGACCUACGCGGUGCACCCAGGUUUCGUCAAGACCGACAUCUGGCGCUACAUACCCGGAAUGUACGGCUGGAAGUUCACACUCAUGAAGCCUAUGUUCCGUCUCAUGAUGGCCUUCGCCAUCACUCCGGAGCAAGGGGCCCAGACCGUCAUACACUGCGCCGUGGAGGAGGCGCUCUCUAGCGAGUCUGGCCUGUACUACAGCGACUGUGACGUCAAGCAGCCUUCCCAGAAGGCCACGGAUGACGCAGUGGCGCGUCAGCUAUGGGAGAUGAGCGAGAGCAUGACGGGACUGUCUUCUUCUUAA